AUUGGAUUAUAUCGAGUAACGCUAGAAAAUGACAUUGGGAGAACUGAGGCAACUGCUCGACUAGAGAUCAUAAGUAAUCUGGUCCAUAAAACAAAUCAUCUCCACUGCCAAAGAUGAAUCCGCCCCCGUGGAUAAAUACCAUAACAGAUCGAAAUACCUUGAUUCCGCGACCUAUUAGAACAAGAAGCGCAUCACCUCGAACAUAUCCAACUUUUAGUAGGAGUCUAUUAAGUACGCCUACAAGAUUCAAUGGACGUUUGCAGUUGGAAUGCGACAUACGAGGUUCUCCAAGUCCAACUGCAAUUUGGUACAGAAACGGAGCAAGACUCGAGUGCUCACCCAGAAUAAAAAAGUCAUUUGUUGGUGAGCGAGCUGUCCUUGAGAUAUCGAGUGUUAAGUAUAGCGAUGGCGGAGAAUAUGUUUGUGAAGCGAAAAAUUUACUUGGCUCAACUAGGAGCAGUUGCAAGGUAAUAAUACUAAAUACUGAUGAUCCAUCGACAAUGGAUCGAGAGCCGCCAAAAUUUCUGCAGCCCAUCCUUAGCAAAUCUAUCGUGAUGGAAGGUCACUCGUACGAGUUACAAGCAAGGCUCGCAGGUACACCUCCAUUUACACUCCUUUGGCUCAAAGACGGGCGUGAGAUCGCCGAGAGUGAUUGUUACCGAUAUAUUAUCUAUGAGGACGGUGGCAUUGCGCUUAGAUUUCUUAAUAUUCAUCCCCAUGAUGCCGGUGACUACAUGUGCAUUGUGAAAAACAUAUAUGGCGAAGUCACUAGCCGUGGUCUAUUCAUUGUUCAAGAUUACAAGAGUGCAUCAUCAAAUUCGAUACUAAGUUUUGUAAAGACACCAGUAGCAGUUUUGGCUGCAAAGGGUGAGACAGCGUGUUUCUGUGCGAGAAUUCAAUGUAAUCGUUCGAUUGAUAUCGAUUGGACGAUUAAUGGAAAAAGCGCACACGAAGACUGUAGAUACAAAAUCGAAAGGGAUGGCUCCACAAGCAUAUUAAGAAUACCAUCGAUAACACAUCGUGACUGCGGCGAGAUACGUUGCAUAGUAUCGAUAACUCGAGGACCAUCUAUAAGCUCAAGUACCCAAUUGCGUCUCAGGUCGACUUCAUCUUUUCGAAUUCGCGAUAAUCUGUUGAAAUACCUGGAGCCGAGAUCACGCAGUUUGCCAAGAUUGAAAGAAAAUGCUACUCGAAAGACAAAUGAAUUAUCAAUGCCGAAUUUACAUGUGAAUAAGAAUAGCGUCGAUCCAAAGAAGAGAGCCUCGAGUUUCACACGCUUAACUCCAAAACCAAGAAAUUCUCCUGAGGAUUACGAAUACGAAAAAUAUUCAACUGAUAAUAAAUUAACCAAUGGUCAGAUUCGUGUAAAAUCUAUUGAUAAAAUAUUAAAGGAUGAACGAACUAUUCGAGAAAGCCCAUGUCGUGAAAAGAAACUAGGAAAGAAAUCUCUCACGAAAAAGCUGGAUUCUACAUCAACGGAAAUUGUUGAAAUAAAUAUUGAAGAUGUUGGGAAAGUUCAUCUAAAUGCAGUACAAGUAGAAAAGGAAUGUGUGCCGCGAAAUACGGAUGUUAAUAAGGAAAUCGAUGCAACUGUAGUUGAAAUUCUACUAACAGAAAAUAUCGUUACUCCAGUAAACCUAAGUGAAGAACAAAUUAAUAAAGAGAAAGAACGAAAAUUUCAGCAAUUAGUUUCAUCUAUUAAAGAAGCAAACAAAGAACGCCUCUCUAUAAAAAGGAUCUCAAGUUUUAAAAAUUCUCGAUCCAAUUCUACUAUAGAUAUUAACGAAUGUGAUCUGAGUACUCAUAAGAACAAUACUAAUAAUAAGAAAAAUGAAAAAAUUACACCACAUAUUAGUAGAGAAUUAUCAUCUUUAUCUGGAACAAAUAACCAUGAGGUGAAAAAUCGUUUGAUAAAACAACAAAGAGGAAUUUUCGUGAAUCGUAAACAAGUACCAGCUUUGGUUCUACGACCACCUGAUGAUGUAAUAACGUUAAGGGGAUCAACAAUUGUAUUGGAGGUUGCAUACGAAGGUCAUCCCGAUCCAACCGUCAAGUGGAUGCAAGCAGGUCGAGAACUGGUGAAUUCAGGGAGGACGCUAAUAGAGAAUACUGUCGGCAUCUCUCAAUUGACGCUUGUUGGCAUCACCGGGGACCAGGCCGGAAAGUAUGCUGUUGCCGUCGAAAAUAUCCUCGGAAGUGAUUGUCGUUUUGCCAGUGUUGCCGUUGAAGGUCCACCGGAACCGCCUUGUGAUCCGCCGAGUGUAACUUCGCUGCAGCGCCGCGACUCGAGCGACUACGGCGUCAGUGUCACUUGGUGCUCGCCGGCUUACGACGGAGGCUGUGCUCUCAGCGGCUAUACUCUCGAACGCCGACGUAUCGGAGAACUCAGCUGGCGCACCGUUGCCGAAAACUGCCAUCGCCUGAGGCACGAAGCUAGGGGGUUACGCGCAGGUGCCACCUACGUAUUUCGCGUGCGUGCCCUUAACGUUCACGGGCCCGGGGAUCCCAGCCCCGAGUCCCGGCCCUUCAAAAUACCUUUUCUCAACAUGGAUCACGCCGAGGAUAAGCUCAAGGUCGAGGAGGACGAGGCUAGCUUGGAAGAUGGAGAUAAAGUAGUGACAGCAGAAGAUGGUCAUCUUUUCAAAGAACUUUACGAAUUACACGAGGAACUUGGUAAAGGUCGUUACGGUCUCGUCAAAAGAGUCGUGGAGAAAAAAUCUGCAAAAUCUUUUGCUGCUAAAUUUGUUCGAACUGUUAAAACAUCCGAUCGCCAGCAAGUGCGAGAUGAAAUGAAAAUUAUGAAUUUACUGAGACACCCAAAACUGCUUCGAUUAACCGCGGCUUUUGAAAGUCCAAAAGAAAUUGUUAUGGUCACAGAGUACAUAUCCGGCGGAGAACUCUUUGAGAGAGUUGUGGCAGAUGAUUUUACGCUCACCGAAAAAGACAGCAUACUUUUUAUGAGGCAAAUUUGCCAAGGUGUUAGAUAUAUGCACGAAAACAAUGUAGUUCAUUUGGACUUAAAGCCGGAAAAUAUUAUGUGUCAUACACGAACAUCACAUAGGAUAAAACUUAUAGAUUUUGGGUUGGCUCAAAUACUUAUCUCAAAUAAACCAAUAAGAGUAUUAUUUGGAACUCCAGAAUUUAUUCCUCCAGAAAUUAUUAAUUACGAGCCUAUUGGCACGGAAUCUGACAUGUGGAGUGUUGGAGUAAUUUGUUAUGUUUUAUUAACUGGAUUAUCACCGUUCAUGGGUGAUAACGAUGCCGAAACUUUUGCCAAUAUUGUUCGAGCAGAUUAUGAUUUUGAAGAUGAAGCUUUCGAUGCAAUUUCUCCAGAUGCUAAGGAUUUUAUUAGUAAUUUACUGCAAAAGAAAAAAGAAUUAAGAAUGUCUGCAAAACAAUGCCUGAGUCAUUCGUGGUUAGCUCAACACACGGAGAAUAUGAGUAGAGUUGCACUACCCACGGACAAAUUAAAAAAGUUUAUUGUUAGAAGAAAAUGGCAGCCAAUUCGGAUUUCAAUACCAAUGAGGACUCAAGGCUAGAGGGAUCUUCGAUUCAAGGUAGGCUGUUCAUGUCAACGGGUAACGUCAGUCGGACAGCCAAGUUGUUCGAAAAGC